AUGAAAACCAAGAUUUCAAGUUUUUUGAAAAUGACAAGAAUUAUGCGACCAUAUUAUGUACGUACAGCCACCACAUCAUCUACUGGAGCAUUAUUGCCUGAACCACAAAAAAUUCCAUUUGGGCUAGUGGGUAUAAUUUUUACAGUUGUGCCAGGGUUACUAAUUGGAGCCACCAUUAGUAAAUACAUGGCUAAUUUUCUAGAGGAAAAUGAAUUGUUCGUUCCAUCAGAUGACGACGACGACGACGAUUAA